GCAUGACCAGGCCCGUUCUUUGCAGGCAGAGCUGCCCCCCCCUCAAGCGAGGCCACACACCGCAUGUACAUUGGGGGGGGGGGAUGAAAGGAGCGGCAUAUAUAGCCCACGGAGCCAGGAGGGCCGCGGGGAGCUGCAUGCCGUCUCUCUGUUCUCUGCGCUGGUCUCUGCGCUCGCUGGCUGCCCCUGCCCGAAACUCUCUUGGCUUCCUCCUCCUCCCCGCCAGCCAACCCAACCAGCCAGCCAGCACAGCUCUUCCUGUGUCUGCCAUCCCAUAGGGCCUGUCUCUCAGCCCUGAGCAAUACCCAUCGCGCACAGACACCAUGCUCCGCACCCUCAAGAGCUUCAGCCGGGGCUCCGGCCUGUCGCUCUCGAUCAAGCUCGACGACGCCGUCCCCAAGGAAAAGUCGUCCACCCAGUGCCUCUUCAUUCCCACCGGCUCUGAGCUCAUCACCGGCACCGUCGUGGUCCAGAACGCCAACCAAAAGGCCAUCCCGGUGCACAAAAUCAAGCUCAUCUUGGUCGGCGGCAUGGGAUGCGAGGAGCGGUCCGGCAUCAAGAACGACCCGCCGAGCUUCAACGCCGUCAAGGCAGCCUAUGAUACGCUCCUUCCCUGUGGCAUGUUCUUCAACAAGAGCAUCUUCAAGGCCAUCCAGAUGCUGUUGGAAAAGGGCGAGGUACCUCCGGGGCAGAGCACGUAUCCCUUCACAGUGCCCUUCCCAAAGAACGUCUUCCCGUCCUACAAAAGCCGGGCAGAUGCCGCUCCGAGGAUCCAGUUCUUUAUGUUUGUGGGUCUGUGGAAGACCAAGGGCCACGACACCGACGUGACCAUUUACAAGAACAUCGAGCUGGACAUCCGCCGGACCACCAAGUGGAUCAAGCCGGCGGAGGCCAUCUUCGAGGGAGGCCACCUUACAGGUGUCGACGUUUUCUAUCGCAUCACUCUGCCGGACCACAUCUACACCUCGUCCGAGUACUUUGACGUCACCCUGAGCUUCGAAAAGACCGAGGGCAUGCAAGUCAACUCCUGGCAAUCCGAGGUCAUGCUGGUCGAAGUGCUGACAGUCGACAAGCGGCAGUAUGAAUACAAAUACAAGCCCAUUCGCCCAACAGGCGACCCUCCCAGUGGCAGCAAGGACGGCGUCGGAUACUACGGCCCUGUUACCUUCCGUAUUCCCAUCAACAAGCUCUACCCCGACUUUUCAAACUCGGAUGCAGAGCCAGCGAUCUCGGUGAGCCACAAGAUCAAGAUCUCGACGGUGAGCGGCAAGUUCUCGACCUGGGUGCCGGUGGUCGUUCAGCUGGCCCAGAUCGGUCAGGGCCCGCUUCGAGCAGCAACAGCCUCGUCUCUGGCAUCGGACAGCCCACGAUCAACCAUCGCCCAGGCUCCGAGUCCGUCGCUCCUGGGAGCUGGUGCGGCCGAAAAUGGCCAGCCAACCGGCUCGACGCCUAUCUCGUACCAGCCGCCAUCGCAGGCCGCGCAGCCCUUCCAGGCCAUCGUCGCGGCGACUCGCUCGGUGUACAGCAUCCAAUCCCCCAACUCGGCAACCCCGGUGUCUCCCACCAAGGCAGAGCCUCCUUCGUACAUGACAUUCACGGGGAGCGAAAUGCAAUCGCCCGCCUUGAGUCUCAACACCGCGCAGCUGUCGUUUGGCUCGCCGCGGUCCUCGGUCAUGUCGCAGUCGACGAUCGUCCCGUCGAAUCGGGCCACCGCAAGCUACAACGGCCGCAACAGCCUCUCUCCCGGCGCAUACGAUGAGCUGCCGCCGGUGGCCCAGGACCCGCGCAGCCCCAACUUCUCGGCCUAUCAGCAGUCGCCAGCGACGCAGUACCGUAGCCCUGCGCUGUCCUAUGUGAGCUAUCAGCCUGGAACCCCGCAAAUGUCAAGGUCGGUGUCGUCGCCGGGUCAGUCGCUGCGCGGCAGUGACUUUUACAGCCCCACCAACACUCAACUCCCCGAACCACCGCUCCCCAACUUCCGGUCCCGACGGCCAAGCGCGGGCUCAAUGCUCGCGGCCAAAUCGCAACAGCAAUAUCAGCAGCAGCAGCAACAAUACCAGCAACAGCAACAGCGCCUGGUCGGAUACGGCGAGAGCUUUGAUCUGCCGCAGAUCCCGACGAGUCCCCUGGUGGUGCGCUCGACGCCGCUGAUGACGCCGCUGGUGACGCCGCUGAUGGCACCCAUGUCGCCGCGCUCGCCUGUUGGGGCACAGUAUGCCUCGCAAGCAUCGCCGGUGGGCUCGAAUGUGGUGACCCAAGCCCCAGUGGCUCGUGCCCCUGUCGACACACGGCUGGCUCAGUACUCGGGCCAGGGCUACGCUGGCCAGACCGACCCGGCGCCGGUGCCGAUGACUCCGCCUCGAUCGCCGUAUAUCGAUCGGCCGCUCAAGGUCCUGCGGCGCAACCCGUCACAGGCCUCGUCGUCGACCUCGGUGUCGACCUCGGUGUCGGCAUCGACCUCGUCAGCAUCGACCAACCGCUCGGCCGCGGAAACAGAGUCGUCGGCGGGAUCGCACCAGCGAUUCACGGCCCUGAUUCCUUACUCGCAGGCAGAGCUCGACCAGAUGUUGGUCGGCAACAAGAUCAAUGGCCAAGAGUAUCUGCGGAUGAGGCCGUUGGUUGCGCGCCUCGAGAAGCUGAACGAAAUGCUCCUGGACGGCCAGAUCCGACCGGCCGAGUACAUCGAAGAACGCAACAAGAUUAUCAAGUCGUGAGCACAUGCUUUGUGUGCUGCAUUUUGCUUUGGACCGACAUUGCUGCUCUCCUCCUCCUCCUCGCUAUUGUUUAUUCCCAAUGUGUGCUCCAAACGCUUACGGAUUUAACUUCCUGUCGGGUGCCGCCA